AGAUUAUAUGAAUAUCAUAACACUAAGGAACGAAAAUACAAGAGAAAUAGUGAAUUCAAUAAGCAAAAAUAUACAAAAAAUGGCAUUGAAGGAAACGUUCUACAUAUCACAUGGAUCACCAACACUAGCCAUAGAUGAAACAAUUCCUGCAUGGAAAUUCUUGACAUCAUGGAAAGAGGUGUUUCCUGAGAGACCAUCUGCCAUUCUUGUUAUCUCUGGUCAUUGGGACACUUCUGUUCCAACUGUCAACGUUGUUAAUCACAAUGAAACCAUCCAUGAUUUCGGUGGUUUUCCUAGGAGCAUGUACAAGCUCAAGUAUCCAGCACCAGGGGCUCCAAAGUUAGCAAAGAGGGUGAAGGAACUGAUCGAAGCAUCCGGGUUGAGUCGAGUCGACGAAGAUAAAAAGCGUGGUCUUGAUCAUGGAACAUGGGUGCCUCUCAUGUUGAUGUAUCCAGAGGCUGAUAUACCAGUAUGUCAACUUUCUGUUUCAUCAAAUAGAAAUGGCACUUACCAUUAUAACUUAGGAAAAGCAAUAGCUCCUCUUAAAGAUGAGGGUGUUCUAAUAAUCGGAUCCGGAAGUGCCACUCAUAAUAUGAGAGCAAUUGGUCCUCGUGAAAGCCCUCCUCCUCCCUGGGCUCUGGCAUUCGAUUCCUGGUUAAAAGAAUCUCUCGUCGAAGGAAGAUACGAGGACAUAAACCACUACGAAGAGAAGGCACCAUAUGCAAAAGUGGCUCAUCCAUGGCCUGAUCAUUUCUUCCCAUUGCAUGUGGCUAUGGGAGCCGCUGGUGAGAAUUCAAAGGCCAAAGUUAUUCAUGAGAGUUGGGAUGGUGGUGCUUUUUCUUAUGCUUCUUUUGGUUUCACAGCAGCUUCUAGUUGAUAUAUCACAUUGCUUCCAUGUUCUGUUGUAUCUUAUGUAAUAAUCAAAUAAUGUAGUGAUAUUUUAUGAUCUAAUUUAAAAAUACAUGUAUGUGCCUGAAUUUUAUUAAUUUUACCAAAAUUUUCACAUGUA